UUGAAUUCAAUUCAAUUCAAUUCAAAUACAAUGCAUUAAAAUGCAAUUCAAAUCAUUUGAAUUUUGCUAUGAAUCAUUACAUGAAGCUAAAUCCCACUAAAUGCAAAAAGAUGCUCAUAAAUUAUCUACACAUCUCAAACUUCUUACUCCAUCCGAAUAAAAUUGGAAUCACUGUUAUCGAGCGAGUCAAGACUAAUAAGAUUUUAGGUGUUAUUAUGAGCAACGACUUGGAGUGGAAUUGCUACGUAGAAUACAUUGUUAAGAAAGCUAGUAAGAAGUUGUAUUCUUUAAGAAUUUUGCGAAGAGCUGGGGUCAACCAGAGUAAUAUAUGAAAGUAUAUCUAAGCAGAGUACGUUCGGUGCUGGAAUACGCUGUCCCUGUGUGGCAGGAUAUAUCGGAUUAUUUGUCAGAAGCAAUAGAAGUAGUGCAAAAAAAGGGCCCUCAAAAUAAUUUAUCCAGAGACUGAGUCGUAUUCGGAAGCUCCUAAACGAUCACAACUACCAACCUUGAAAACAAGAAGAGAACUACUUUGUGAUGUGAAACUUCGUGUGGCGGAAAGCGAGAUCAUGGCACAUAAGUUGGUGCUGAAUACGUUUAGUUUGUAUUUCAGUGGGCUGUUCAAAUACAGCCUAGCAGACAGGAUUGAGAUUAGACAGUUUGAUGGAGCGACAAUGAAAUGCAUACUUCAUUUUGCCUACACCGGGGAAUUGCGUUUAGAUACCAGCAAUGUCUUCCGCGUUAUCGAAGCAUGCGACUUUCUGCAAUUGGCCGAAUUGGAUUUCAUUCAAGAGUCGGUUUGUGAUUUUCUGAAGAAGAGAGUGAAUAAGGCUAACUGUCCUGCAAUGCUUGUCAAGUUAGAACGGUUUCAUGCACCAAAGUUAAAGAGCCACCUGGUAAAAUUUCCUGCUAGUAAUUUCGCUAGUGUUAGUCUGCUAGAAGAUUUCAUUGAAAUACCUGUUGAAUUGUUUGUGAAGAUUCUUCAAAGCAAGCUCUUAGUUGCUAACAUUAAUGCCAAAGUUUUUUACCAUCUGCCACAGAACAAGAAGACUUAUUUGCAAGCAUCAGAUAAGCUUCUAAGUAAGCUUAUUCGUCACAUUCGUUGCCUUUGUCUGUCACCUUCAUCAAUGCAAAAACUCAAGAAAUCUAGUGGCAGCGCUUCUCUGAAUCUAGUAAGACAAGCAAAGGAAGAAAUCAAGCAACAGGAUGACCAUCUUCUUACCUUGUGGGGAACCUUACGCGAUGCAUCUCUCCCAAAAGAAAGAUCAGGCCAUAAACAUGCUCAUCAAGUUUAUGUUGGGUCAGUGCAAAAUAAAUUUGGCGAUGAACUAUUUACUGGUAAAUCAUCCUUAUUCGUAAAAGGAAUGAAAAUUUGGAUUCGUUUAUGGGAUGGCCGGCCUGUCAUUGGUGGCCUAAUGAUAUUCUACAGUAAUGGUGAAUCGCCCGUCUAUGGUAGCUGUGAUCAUGAGAACAGUGAAUGCCAUGAAUUCAAUAUGGCUGAUGAUGAACGAAUUAUUAAAGCUGAAAUUAGGUCUGGAUGGAUGAUCGAUAGCCUUACAUUUUUUACUUACAAGGACAGAGUGUUUGGCCCAUACGGUGGAGAUGGUGGGAACACAUAAACAGAGGAACGUAGAGGUUUGUACGGUUUCUUGAGUUAUUUGAAAGGUGCUGUUGUACUAACGCAGCAACAGCUUGGCAUAUCACAUCUUCAACUUAUUUGGAGAGAAGUCUUCGUUGACUGUGAUCAAAGUGACUAUAGUGAAACUGAUCUUUUAGGUGAAUGUAGUUUAUUAGGGUCCUCAGAAUCUCCAAUGUGUGACUAUUUUGAAAUGGAUAACCACGCUGUUUUAAUGGUCAAAUGCUUGCGCUAUGCAAAG